GUUGACGUUUAGACAACUUUACCUUUUAAAAAAUCAAUUUUAUAUUUUUAAUUAUAUUUAUUAUCUUGUCGUGUUUAUUUAACAAGUUUAUUUAUCAUUUUAUUUGGAGCUGUCAAGUUAUUGUUUAUUGAUAAAAUAAAAAAAAUAUAUUUCAAUGGAUCAUCGAGUAUUUAAAUUGUACAAUCAAAGAGAUUUUGAUAAAAUAACGAAAGGAAUUAAAGUUGCAAAAUGCAUGAGAACAAGAUCAUCAAAUGAUUCAGAUACUGAAACAACAUCAAAUCAACUUGAUGAUUUAACUGUAUCAGAUUCUCUAAGUUGUUCAUUUUGCAAUACAAUAUUUGAUGAUCAAAUACAACAACGUUUACACUAUAAAUUAGAUUGGCAUCGUUACAAUCUAAAGCAACGUUUACGUGAUUUUAAAUCAAUAACUGAAGAUGAAUUUGCUGUAUUAGCUGAUAAAGAUGAUGUAUCAAGUUUAUCAGGUAGUGAGUCUGAAGUUGAAAAUAAUGAUAAUGAAAAUGGACAACAAAAUGAAACAUCAAGUAAUAAUAAUAAUUCAAUAAAAUUGAAAAAAAAUGAAAAAAAAACACGUAUUAUUACUGAUAAUUCUGAUAGCUCAGAUAAUGAAAAUGAUGAUUUAAUAAAUGAAAAAAAAAAAUUAGAUGCAUUGUCAUUAACAGCAAGUCGUCAUUCAAAAGUAUUUUUUGAAAAUGAUGAUGGUGAUAUAUUUAGUAUAUACAGAUGUUUACUUCAUAGUAAAAAAGAUAUACCAGAAAUAAAUGAUGAUAUGAUAACACAAGCACUGGCAAGUGGUAAAAAUCAUAUAUGGACAAUAAUAAUGUUAGGUGGUGGACAUUUUGCAGCAGCUGUAUUUAAAGAUGGUAAUGUUAUUGUACAUAAAACAUUUCAUACAUAUACUGUACGAGCAAAACAAGGCUCAUCACAAUCACAAAGAGAUAAUCGUGGUGCUGGAUAUGCCAAAAGUGCUGGUGCUAGUUUACGUAGAUACAAUGAAAUACAAUUAAUACAACAUGUACAAGAUAUCAUUGAAUUAUGGACACAACAUAUUGAAAGCUCAUCAUUAAUAUUAUAUCGUGCUGUUGGACCACAAAAUAGAACUGUAUUAUUUGGUGGUAAAAAUCCACCAAUUGAUAAAAAUGAUACACGUCUAAGACCAUUACCAUUUCCAACAAGACGAGCAACAUUUAAUGAAGUUAAACGUGUUUAUGAUAUAUUAACAUCUGUUGAAAUAUAUGGUUCAGCUGCUGAAUUUACAAAUUCAUUUCCAAUAUCACCAAGACAACCAGCUAGAAAAAAAAUACAAAAAAUUGAUUUACUUGAUGAAAUAACAGAUAAAAAAAUUAUUAAUAAUGAUAAUAAUAAUAAUUGUACAUUUGAUAUAUGUAAUAAAGGUAAAUCAUCAUCAUCAUCAUCAAAUCAAUUGACACCAGAUCGUUUAAAAAGUCCACGUUCAAAUAUUGAUCGUGCUAAAGCAAGAAAAAGUCCAAUUAGACCAUUACCAGAUAUAAUAGCAAGACUUGCAAUGUCAUCUGAAUCAGAUAUAAAUUCAAUAAUUGAUGAUAAUGAUGACGAGGAUAAUGUUGAUGAUGUAAAAAUUGAUAAUUCAAUUGUUGAAGAAAGCUAUAAUAUUAAUUUAAUCAAUGAGCUACAAGAAUUUGAAAAUAUAUCACCAAAAAAAAUUGCUAAACAAAAACGUACACGUCGUCAAAUAAAAAAAAAGCCUAAAAAAAUAAAUGAACCAGUUAAUGAAUUGCUUAUAAAAUCAAAAUUAAAAUUAUGGAAUGCUUGUAAAAUUGGUAAUUGUAAAGAAUUAACAGAAACAUGGGAUGAAUUAAUAAUUGAAACACGUAAAAAUGAUAAUAAUAAUGAACAAAUAGUAUUGAUAAAUAUGUUUGAUAUUGUAAAGCUGUUAAAUGAAUGUGAUGAUGAUGGUAAUACAAUGUUACAUUUAGCUGCAAUUGAUAAUAAUUCUGAAAUAUUAUGGUUAUUAUUAGAAAUGGGUUUAAAUCCAUGUUUAAGAAAUAAAAAAUGUCAGACAGCAUAUGCAGCAUCAACAAAUAAAGAAACACGUAAUACAUUUAGAAGAUUUAUGGCUGUUAAUCCAGAUAAAUUUGAUUAUGGUAAAUCACAAAUACCAGCUCCAUUAACUGAAGAAAUAGCACAACAAGAAAUUGAACGUAAAAAACAACAACGUAAAGCUAAACGUGAUCGUGAAAAAGCAAAAAAAAAAGAAUUUGAAUUAAAAAAAUUAGAGGAAGAUUCAAAACAAAGAUUUCUUAAUUUAUCUGAUCGAGAAAAGAGAGCAUUAGCUGCUGAGCAAAGAAUUAGAAAACAAGGUGGAAUUGUUUUAACACGUUGUUUUCAAUGUGCAUCUGAUAUGACUGGUGUUGUACCAUUUGAAUAUAAUUCAAAUCGUUUUUGUUCAAUGCCAUGCUUAAAAGAACAUCGUUUACAUAAUAAAUUUAUUCUUUGA